UCGAAUAUUGUCAGUUUUUCUUGUUGUUGUUAUAAUUGAAAAACAAAACAAAAAUAAUUUGUACCUCUGCAGUGUAAUGGUUUUAAUUAUUUGCAUUAGCGAUUACUGUGGACGGAAAACGUAUUCCCAAAUUUCUGCGGACUCAAGCGAUAAAGCCGAUAUUGUAUACAAAUAUGAAACACUGGGAAUAUGUCAGUCUUAUUCGAUGACUAAAGAGAAUGAUUCGAUGAACAGUUGUUUCAGUCAGCGACGCCUAGUGAGACGCUUUAAAACCGAAGUGGACGGCGUUAAGUAUUUUUAUUUGCAUAAGGAAUUAGUACAAUUUACAGAAUAUCGAAAGAUAUUAUAUACUCAUUUAGCUACGAAUGGAGUUCAGCUGCUUUAUUUACAAAUUGCACAGCCAUCAAAGCAAAUUAUUGAUUGGAAAUGGAACGCGAUGUUAACUCGAAAAUUGUACGAAAAAGUUGAAACCGAUUACUUAAUGUCCUGGCUGUCAACAUUGGGUGGUGGAUUUUCAGCUUUGGGUGAACAAUUCUCUAGAUGUGCUGAGGUAGCGGGAAAAAUCUCAAUGAGACAACUCUACAUUGGUAUACAUUUAGGAGAUCCUUUCUUGCAAGCACGUUGUAAACUCUAUUACAGCGUAUCUCUAUUGCAAAUAGGAAAGCUAAGGUCCGCCAAGUACAUAAUCAGGAAACAGUAUCAUUUUGCUGUAUUCCAUAAGGACGUUGAUGGACGUUUGCUAAAAAUGUGCAAGGGCAUCUGGCAGCGACUGCAAUAUGAAUACGGUUUAAAACUUAAAAAGAAACGCCAACGAGAAAGUCUACUUAGAGACGAGGGCGCCGGUGACAAGUGAAAAAAAUUCCUCGACGACUAAAUUUAGAUUCAUAUAUCUUACUUUGACAAAAAAAAAAAAGAAAAGAAAAUCAUCACUCUUUAUAGUUGGGUUAUAUAUUUGAAAUCAAGAUAAUAAAAAAAAGGAAAAACAUUUCGUUAAUAUUGUCAAACAAAAAGGGGAAGAAUACAUAAUUUUGUUUUCUUGGUUGCUAGGUUCACUAGUCCAAAUCUUUAAGGAUAUUGCGUCCUUUGCAUGUGCACGUUCUUUUAUUCCUUUAGCGAUAUUUUAAAUUAUUUAUGUUUUACAGCGAAUGCAUAACGUUACACGUAUACGUAUGAAUGUAUAAAUGUACAUACGUACAACCAAGGCGUGCACACGAAAAUUUUAUGGGUUACAAACUAAAGUGAAUGAUUUCCAUAAGUUUGUUAAUUACAUUAAUUACAAAAAGAAAAACAAAAAAAAAAAAAAAAAAAAAAAAAA